AUGGCACCAUUUCUCCUCCUCCUCCUCCUCCUCACCGCCGCCUCCACCUCCUCCGCCACCAUCUCCCCCACAUCCUCGCCGGCCUCCGCCCACUCCCCCACCGCCGCCCCCAUUUCCUCCUCCUCCUCCUCCACCCUCGACCCCAAACAGCUCCGUGCACUCCAAUCCCUCAACAUCCCCACCUCCAGGGACCCCUGCUCCGCCACUCCCCGCCCCUCCGCCUCCUCCGCCGCCGUCUCGUGCGACGCCGCCGCCCCCUUCAGCCACAUCGUCUCCCUUACCCUCGCCAACUGCUCCGACGACGUCGCCCUCUCCCUCACCGCCCUCAAAUCCCUCUCCACCCUCACCUCCCUCUCCUUCCUCACCUGCCCCAUCUCUCCCAUCCGCCUCCCGCCGGAGCUCGCCUCCAACCUCCGCUCAUUCACCUGCGUCAGCAGCCUCAAGAAACUCACCGGCGUCUGGCUCAGCCGCCUCCAGAACCUCACAACCCUCAACGUCUCGCGCGUGAGCAUCACCGCCAGCGGCCCUUCCAUAAUCCUCGCCGGAAUGCGGUCCCUGCACGCCGUUACCAUCUCCCAGACCAACCUCUCCGGCACUCUACCCAAACACUGGCACCCCAACCUCACCUCCGUCGAUUUAUCGGCAAAUAAUCUCAGAGGCAAAAUACCUAUCUCGUUAACUCGUCUCGAAAAUCUCGUCCACCUGAAUCUCUCCUCAAAUUCUCUCAACGACACGAUCCCCACUACAAUCGGCGACUUGGGCUCGCUCAAAAAUCUGUCUUUGGCCCGAAACUCGCUAUCCGGCCCGAUUCCCGAGUCCCUAGCCGCAAUUCCGGGCCUAAUGCAUCUCGAUCUGGGCUCGAACCAGCUCAAUGGGACCAUUCCAAAUUUCAUAAGGGAUUUGAAGAUGCUAAAGUUCUUGAAUCUCGAGGGAAACAAUUUUCACGGCGUUUUACCGUUUAACACGACAUUUCUGAAGAGAUUGGAGGUAUUGAGAAUUGGAGAAAAUUCUAAUCUUUGUUAUAACCGCUCGGUUUUGGGCUCGAAAGUAAAGCUCGGGAUUGCCCCUUGCGACAAGCACGGGCUGCCUGUCUCACCUCCGGCAGCUAAGGAUGUGUCGUCUGAUGAUUCGAGUGAUGAUGAUGAUGAUUAUGGCAAUGUGGAGGAGAAAAAGCAUCACAAUGGUCCAAGUAAGGUUGUUCUUGGUGUUGCAAUCGGGCUUUCGUCUAUUGUGUUUCUUAUCGUUUUCUUGAUUCUCUUAUCUAAGUGUUGUAAAUAA